AUGCCCCCCGCUCCCCUGAAGCGGAGUGGCAAAUGCUAUUGGGGGAAUGCACGUACUUGCAACAACAAGCUCCUCAGAGCCGUUGCAUUUCGUUACGGAGUUUACUCUAACCCAUACGACAAUGAUGGCCAUGGCACCCACGUUGCUAGCAUAGCGACUGGGAAUUUCGUCAAUCAUGCCGUUGUGAUCGGGCAGGCUGCCGAGACAACUUCCGGCAUGGCCUCACUUGCUCAUCUCACUAUUUAUAAAGUCAUGUUUCUCGGUCGAUCGAGCCACUCUGUGACUACUGAUGCAGAUGCCUAUGUUGGUAUAAAGCAAGCCAUUGGUGACCAUGUUGAUGUUCUUCAAAUGUCGCUUGGGGCGACCAAGCUUGAGUUGUUUAAUAGUGCAGUUGCUAUUGUUUUGUUUUCAACUAUAGAAAAAAGGAUUGUUCCGUGUGCUUCCAUGGGCAACAAUGGGCCAACACCAAGCAUAUUAGCUAAUGACGUGCCAUGGAUACUAACUAUUGGUGCUAGUAGUGUCGAGGAUGAUGAGCGUGGCCGUAAUGUGUUGGCUUUCGGUGCCAAAGCCAUGAUUUUGUUAAAUCAUGCGAUUGCAGGAGAGACUACUAACGCUUACGGACAUGUGCUCCCUGCCUCACACCUUAAAAACAUCGGCACCAAGGCCAUAACCAAGUACUAUUGCAACACAACAAAUCCGACAGCAGCCAUAAACCCUUUUUCGUUUAGCUGCGGUUUUGGCCUUGUAGUGGCUCGGUUUUGGCCUUGUGGUGGCUGCGGUUUUGGCCUUGUAGUGGCUCGGUUUUGGCCUUGUGGUGGCUCGGGAUUCUUGUAUGAUGGCUUGUACGUCCAUGACUACUUCGCAUGUGCUGGUAUCGUGGCACUGUUAAGAAAUAAGUACCCGAACUGGUCUCUGGCGGCAAUCAAAUCUGUAAUUAUGAUGACCACAUAUACGUUAGACCACAAACGGAAUCCAAUCACCGACGAAUUCAAAGGUACUUCAGCUACUACAUACAAGCAAGGAGCAGGCCAUAUAGACCCAGAAGCAGCCACGAAUACUGGGAUUAUAUAUGAGUGA